AUUGCGUGAUUUUUUGAGAUUGUGUACAGUUGAUAUUUUAAUAUCAGAGUGCGAACUUCCGGAAGGUGAUUAGACGACGUCUGACUGUCUGCUUGCCCAGUGUGGUUUUAAGCUCGUUUGCAUAUUUUUCAGGAGUUGGAGUGCUAGCAGAGGGCUGCUUAGGAUUUAGUGAAUUCUGAGGUGCGAGAUGGCCGGGGAGAAUGCGCCAGAAUUUGGAGGGAUGUUGUUGAAGGGUUGCAUCGAAGGGAGCAGAACGAAGAGGAACAUGGCUGAGGAGGGAGUGGAUGGUCAAGACGAUGGGUUGGCGAAGUGUAUAACGGUCGGCAGUGGUCAGGACAUCAGCGCCAGCGACGGAGAAUAUGAAAGGACGGAUUGGGGAGCGAGUAAGAAGAGAAAGUUUAGUCGAACGGAAGACGAGAGGAUAUUAGAGGGGAUAAACAAGUACGGGAGGGCGUGGACGAGGAUUAGCGAGUUGUUGGAGGGGAGGACGCCGACGCAGGUGCGAGACAGGUUUAGAAGGAUAAAGGAGAGAGGGAACCUGUCGUUGAGUACGAGUUUGAACGAAUCGUGUUCCGAGCCGUUGAGUCCAGUGAAGGGCAGGAAGGCGGGUGAGGGGGAGCAGGUUGAGAGGAAGUUGAGGGGACAGAAGGGGAUUGAGGUUUGGAUUCAGAAGAAUGCUGGCAGUGGAGGAGCGGCGGAUUCGGCGCUGCAGGCAGGAGGAGGGGUUAAGAUGCCGUUUUCGUCCAAGGACGCGAGUGACGAGGAAGGUGGGUUGUCUUGUGACAGAAGGUGCGCAAGAGGGGACCAGGAUUUGGAUACGAUGGGCGAUUUGAGCAGACAGUUGCAGAAUCAGGACGUGUUGUUGGGUGAGAUAGAAAGGCUGGAGCAGGAGUUGGAGAGGAAGGAGCAGAUGUGGGCGAGGAGGGAGCAGGAGAUGAGGGAGCAAGAGUGUUUGUACAGGGAAAGGGUAUUUGGCGAGGUGUGCAAGUUGUUGAGAAGCUUUGAGAGCAAGCAUCGCGUGUUCGUGAGGGAGUUGUUGGCAGAGAGGGCGAUGAGGUUUGGGAUAGUGGUCGGAGAAGAGCAGCGCUAUACGAUGGGGGGGACUCAUUUUAGACUAAAGUUGAAGUCGGAGCAGCUGGAGGAAGAAAAGGCGGCAUUGGAAAGGGCCAAGAGGAACGUACAGAAGAGAAAAAAUCAAUUGGCUCUGAAUGGAACUGCGAGCGAAAAGGCGUCUCCUACCGGCUGGGAUUGCGAGUCAUCGCAGGUCGCGGCAGAAGAGAUGGAGAAUAUUUUAUUGCAGGAACAAGUUCUGAAGUUGCGGGGGAUCGCUUUGAAGAACAUGGAGAUGAACAUUUCGAGGGAGCUUGAGCUAUUAGAAAUAAAAACGACUCUUCACCUGAAGGAAUUUAGAAGAAUUCAAGAAGAAAACGCCUCUAGUUGGAACCACUUCCCGGUUUUAAAUGGUCGGUAUCUUAUAUUGAGUUUAUUGGGAAAAGGCGGGUUCUCAGAAGUCUAUCACGCGUACGACCUAUGCGAGUUUCGAGAGGUUGCUUGCAAGAUCCACCAGCUCAACGGGAACUGGCCGCUGGAAAAAAAGAGCAACUAUAUACGUCAUUCUAAGAGAGAGUGCGACAUUCACAAGACGUUGGUGCACCCCAGAGUGGUUCGUUUGUAUGAUUACUUCGAAGUCGACAAAAAUACGUUUUGCGUCAUUAUGCAAUAUUGCAAAAACGGAGAUUUAGAUUUAUAUUUGAAACAGCACCGGAUGCUGUCUGAAGGCGAGGCGCGCAUUCUCGCGUACCAAAUCGUCGAAGGACUGAAAUAUUUGGCGACUAGAAAGCAAAAAAUCAUUCAUUACGAUUUAAAACCCGCGAACAUUCUCUUCGACGAAGACGGAUACAUCAAGAUUGCCGACUUUGGUCUGUCCAAAAUCAUGGACACAAACUCGGACGCCAUCGAACUCACAUCUCAAGGGGCGGGCACGUACUGGUACUUGCCUCCCGAAUGCUUCGCGGGAAAAAACCCACACAUCUCCAGCAAAGUGGACGUUUGGAGUACGGGCGUCAUUGUCUAUCAAAUGCUAUUUGGGUGCAAACCGUUCGGAAAUGGGUUGAUCCAAAAAGCAAUAUGCGAGCAAAGUAUGAUCCAUUCUAAUAUACAAGUUGUUUUUCCAGAAAAAUUAGCUAAAGGAAUUUCUGGAGAAGCCAAAGCUUUUCUUCAACGUUGUCUUACGCCAUUGGAAUCCGAACGUCCAGACGUCACCUCACUGAGCUCGGAUCCGUGGCUUUACAUUCACUGCAUUCAAAGAAAAGCAGGAUGUCCGAAAGCGGCAGGCAGCGCCGCUGUAUUGGAUAAAUCAAGACAACGCCCGCCUGACAUUCAUCCCGACGAAAAGGCGCCUUCGUGCGCGCCUAUAAAUAACCCUCCCAUUCACAUACGUGCUUCUCUCGGCCCUUCUGGACUUCUGACCAGCGGUGGCACCAUUCCUGGACCCGGCGUCAAAAAAUGACCGCUUCUUCUCUAGCCGACUGUGCCUGUCUACAAAAAAAAACGGACCUGAACCCGCACCCGAUCAAAACGCCGCUCGUUAGGCAAGAACUAGCGUGUCUCUCACGAAGAGAAUACUUGGCCCACCCCUCUAAAAAAAAAAACUUCUAAAUU